UGCAAGUGUUGGCGGUGGCGGCGGUGAUGAUGAUGGCUCUCCGACCGUGCAGCCGCUCGUUGACGGCGGCCGCUCACGCACGGCUAACGAGUGCAACGCUGACUCGUUUCUCCGCGCGUGCGACGUAACGUAACGUGGAUUGGCGUCCGCACGGAUUGAAAGGAGUAAUGUCCCCGCCGUGGACAGCAGUGGCAGGUGCGUGGCCGCCCGGUGCCAAUUAGGAGCGAGAAGUUUACUUGCGGCGGGCGACCCGGCCGGCCGGUCGUGCCAGGAGCUUGAGGCGGCCACCGCGGCAACGCUUCUCGAUCCGUUCAUGGCGCGACGGCGCUAGACUGUCAUCGAGGAUGGACGAGGCGGCCAGCCGGCUGGAGCGGGAGCACGUGCACGGCGUCUACGACACCAUCGCGCCCUUCUUCAACGACAGCCGCUACAAGGCCUGGCCCAAGGUGCGCCAGUUCCUGCUGGACCAGCCGCCCGGGAGCAUCGUCGCUGACGUCGGCUGCGGCAACGGCAAAUACCUCGACAUUAACGAGGGAGUGUUCAAGCUGGGCUGCGAUGUUUGUCGCCCCCUGGUGGACUUUGCCGGUAGCCGAGGCCACGAGGUGCAGAUGUGCGAUGGGCUCCACCUGCCUUACCGGGACGGCUGCUUCGACGCCGUGCUGUCCAUUGCAGUCAUCCACCAUUUGUCCACCAAAGAGCGUCGUAUCCGAGCAAUAAGGGAGAUGGCGCGCACGCUGCGUGUGGGCGGCCACGUCAUGAUCUACGUGUGGGCCAUGGAGCAGAAGCGCCGCAAGUUUGACAAGCAGGACAUCUUCGUCCCGUGGAACCCCGGCCUUCUUUCCCCCGACGCCGGACCGCCGCCGCCUGGCCGGGCGGCGGCCCAGAGCGUCAGCGACGCCAUCGGGGACAACACCGGCGACAAGCACAGGAAGGUCCGAAGCACAUCGUCCGUGGCCGACGUGGCGCCGCCACCCGCGCCCGGCUCACUCAAACUCUGGUUCUUCUCCCGCUCCCUGGACUCGGUCUUGGACUUUGGGAGCUUGUCCAUGUCCCGCUCGUCGUCCCGGGAGCUCAGCGCUUCGUCGCCCACCGGCGGCGCGGUGGGCCGGCAAGGACGAGGCCGGGCUCUCAUCCAGCACUUGUCCAGCUUCUUCUCGCCACCAGCCACGGUCGGGUCCGAGGAGGACGUCUUUGGCUCGGGCAGCAAUCUGCACGAGGAGCCCAAAGAGCAGCGCGGCGCGGCCCUGGCGCCGGAAUGCGGCGCGCUGGCUCUGCCCGACUUGGUGCCCUUCCAGAGGGAGCGCCCCGGGGGGCCGGAGAGCCAGGCGGCGAGCGACGGCUCCUGCUUGAGGUACUACCACGUGUUCAGGGAGGGCGAGCUUGCCGAGCUCAUUGCCAAUCACGUGGCCCAACUCCGCGUCCGCCGCGCCUUUUUCGACCACGCCAACUGGUGCGUGGUGGCCGAGAAGGUGGAGCCUGACCAAAUCUGAUUUCUUUUAGUUUCUUUUUUAAUUUAUUCUCUCAUUUUUAUCGUCUGCCUACGAGUUUUAGCACUGAAUCUGGGUUUUUACUUUCACUCAAAGAUUCCAGGAGCUCUGUUUGGACUUGAUGUUUCAAGGAAUUGACAGUCUUACGAAUGCAAACGUUAUUCCAAGGUUGCAACACACGACUGAUUUGUUUUAGCCCCACAAAAAUGAUUUUUCGGGUGUCGCAUAGACCCGCUUUUUACAUUAUCCAACAAACAUCUAAUAAGGCAGUCUUGCAGAAAAUGGUCAAUCCCCCUGGUGGACAAUUUGGGGGUGUCCUUUUUUUUUUUUUUUUAAAUCAAUUGAAAAAUACAUUUUUAGCGUGGAGAAUCGAAACUCCUUCAGGCAUUUUGUAAUGAGAGUGGCACAAGUCAGAAUAUUAGGCACACUUGGUGAGCCGAAGCAAUAACACUCAUCAAAACAAAAGAUAUGACGUAAACUCUGCAAUAUGAGACAAAACACAAAUAUUGACGGAAGAAAUUGCCCCCACCCCAAAAUCAGGAAAGGGGGAAAAAAAAUCAGUAUACGGUUUCUCGCACGGAAACUCUUUUUUUAUCUGAUGAUUUCACAAGUGAAGUCUUA